CGAGACAAAUGCAAGCUGCAAAAUAUUGCAUGUGUAGAUGCUAAUGUGCGGCAAUCGCGCCGAUAAAAAUGGCGCGGAAAGAAAUCGUACAAGUAAAAUCCAUGAAUCGCGAUGUGGCAUACCAUUUCCCAUUUCGUGUUACGAUAUCCCGGCGGAUAAAAAGCGUGGCGCGUUGCGCAAGGCGCGAUUAAUAAUAGACUAAAUAAUGAGAGAUCGGGAUGUUCUUUCAGAUCGGCUCCGCCCGAGCGACGAUCUUGUGCAACCGACAGAGAAAGGAGGAAGCCGAAGCGAAGGAGCGACCGAUGCAGGACCGAUUGCCGGCGGUUCCUUCGACACUCCGAGGUGUCUAAUCGCUGUGAAACUGUCAUAUCACUUGCGAACGGUUUUCUGUUAGAGAAAACGGCUCGAUAUAAUUGCCCGGCCGCGUCGGGCACACGGCUCAGUCUUUGUCGCGGAUUCGACGGAACGAUGAAAAUCUGCCGGAAGCCGGUAGCCAUGGUGCUACUAUUGCUAAUCCAUUUGCUAACGUUACAAAUCGGUGACGCAGGCCGCAACCACACGAACGUUUCGAACGCCAAGAACGAUUCGAAAAUUAUUCUGGAGGAGGUAAUUAUCAGCGGAAGUGGAAAUGACACUCGAGUAAUCGCGAAUGCAGUGGCGGAAGAUGUAUCGAGUCUCGACGGCGAGAUACUCUCGCUUCUGUCUGAACGCGAGAAACGGGGAAGUGGACAUUCGAUACAGACAUCGUUGAAUUCGGAUCGGGACGAUCAGGAUGCGGCGCAAUCGCGCAUCGAUUUAAAUAACGAAGAGGCCGAGCUGGAAAUGUUGAAUCGAGUGAUCGCGAAAUACGAGCCACAAAGAAUCGCAUCGAAGAAGACCAAGAGGAGGAUUGGCUCGAAUGGUACUCAUGAUGCCCACGAUAAGGUGACGGGGCCGCUAGCGGAUCUCGAGAAUACCUAUGCCGAAGUGCUGAGAAAUAUAUCGCAAAAAGCGCCCGAAUUAACGGUGAACAAUCCCGACGUGACGCUGAAUCCAUAUUUAUCCCAGGCAAUAAAACAACUGAAACAAGUUUACAUUCCGGAAGCGACAAUUCAUCCUACGAUCGACGUUGGAACACAGAAAUCACGUUCGAACGUUGAUUCCUCUCUUUUAUCAUCCACCCUAAAAAGCAAGAAGCCGAAAAAAUUACCUAAAAAGUAUUUGCUAUUAGAUCGCACCGCCACAACUCCCCAACUCUCCGCCGAAGAAUCCAAAUCUGACGAGAAAACUGCCAGCAGCGACGAAUCGAGCACGCCUCCUGGAGGAUACUUCAAAGAAACCAACGGAAAGUUGAAGAACGGAUCGCAGCCGCCUGUAUCAGCGUCAAAUUCCGACUCGACAGAAAAGCCCAAAAGCCAUCGCGAAUGGAACGUUCAGAACUUCACGAUUCGAGUACCCCCGUUUACCUCACAAUUGGACAACCGUAAUGAUAACAGCAUUACUGACGUUAAUAAUUUGAAAAACUUGAAUAAUGUAAACGCUCAAUUCCCGCCGAGGUAUGUAGUGCCAAGGCCAUUUUCCAUAUCGCAAUCGACCAAUUCCCCCGUUACCGCGAACCUCGCAAACGUGUCGUACAGAAAACCGAGUUCCUUGCCAGCGGGCUUCGCCCACCAACGACAGAUCGUUUCCUCUGCGAACGUUCUUCCGCUGGUUCUCCCGACAGAUCUCUUCACUCCUCUUCCGGUACGCCAUUAUUCCCCGAUAAAGCGCGUGAAUCAUCUCAAUCCUGAAGGAAAUUCAGCAACGCUCGUUAGCACUGAGGCGAGCCCGCCGACAAGUCCCGUGGGAGAAAAAACCACUCUUGCAGAUAACGGCGCGCUUUAUACAGGCGUAAUUGGCACCACAAGACCUUUGGUCACCGUCAAUAGCCAGCGAAGCUAUGGCUCGUCGGAUUAUUACGCCAUUACGGAAAGCCCCGCGGAGACUGUUACGAGGGCGAACUUCGCGACAACUUAUAUACCCAGUCAAACAUCCCCUUCGCACAUCGUACAAAGACAGAAGGAUUUGCAAAACGCUCAUAAGAAUGAGUUCUUGCCUAGAAUCGUCACUUACAACAAUCCCAACAAUGAGAAAUCAAGUGAAAGCCCAGGGAUCGCGCUUUAUAAUCAAUUUUCAAGCUUAUAUUCGGCUAACAUUCCUAAUGUAUUUAAUGCGCCGAAAGCGAUUACGCAAGAUUUUAAGCAACCGGUGCAGCCUUCGCAACAGCAAGUUUCCAACUUGCAACUUCCUUACGCAACUUUGAAACCUCUUACUCCCAUAUUGUCGAAAGUUCGACCAAUUGCUCCCUCCACCGUACCUUAUUACGAUAGCAAAUUAUUCAUUUCACAAAAUGUAGAUGAAAAACUUGACAAGAAUGAUAAAAAAAUUGUUGAAGCAAAGGAGCAAUCUCGCAAAGAUGCGGAUGAGACUGAGAAAGAACAUAAUGACGAUAAUGAUGAUUUAAAAAAUUAUAGAACUCAAAUAAAUCCAGAAGUUUAUAACGUAUAUAAAGCGUCGAAUAAACAACGCGAGAGAGAAGAACAACGCGAAGAAGAAGAAGAAGAAGAAGAAAACGAAGAUCGUUAUCCACAACAGAGUCGUAAUUAUGAAUAUCAAGAUAAAUCUCGUGAACAAGAUAAAGAUGAUAGAAGCAGUAAGAGUAGCAAAAAAUAUGAAAAUGUUCGAUAUGAAGAUGACGAUGAUGAAGAAGAAGAAGUCGAUGAAACGAAAGAGGAAGAACGUGUCAGUGUCGAAAAGAGCAAAGAUGAAGAUAAUAAUGAUCAUCAUCAUCAAAACAAUAAGUAUGAAUAUAAUUCAGAUAAUUCUGAAGAAGAACGAGACGACUCAUAUUAUGAUCGUAAGAAAUAUAAUAAACCAAAAGACCGUCGUGAUAAAUAUGAUUAUGGAAGUGACACUGAGCAUCGACUUGAAGGAAGAAAUAAAUAUUUUGAAUCAUUAUAUAAUAAUGAUGAAACUCGUGAGCGGGAUAAAGAACAUCGUAAUCAUGCUGAUAAAAAGAAAUUAGCGAGUGAUAAUCAUUACAAAAAUCGACAAGAUCGUAGAUAUAAAGAACCCGAGGAUGAGAGUGCUGAUGAAGAUAAAUCAUUCGCUCAACCCUCUAAAGAUCAUCGUACUUAUAGACAGGACGAAAGAUACAAAAAGGAACAAAAUCAUGAUGAAGAUGAUAAGAGCAAGUAUCAAGCUUCUCCGCGAAGAGAUUCUCUUCGUCAAGAAUACGCGCGUGAAAAAUACAGCGAAAGUAAUCCUAAGCAUGUACGCAAAGAAUAUAAUCAUCAGCGUGUCAAGGAUGAUAAUCAUGAUAAAGAGGAACCGCGGGAUCAUGUGCAGGGCGAGACUCAGGAACACGCGCACAAACACGAGGAACAUCAUGAAAAGAAAGAUGGAGGAGGUGGAAAAAAUCACAAGUUUGAAGAAGGCGGAGGUGCAGAGCAUGACGAAGAACAUCACGGACAUGAGGGAGAAAAAGGCGAGAAGGGAUAUAAAGUCUGGCAUGAGCACGAGAAGGCUAAGAAGGGGCAUCACGACAAGGAGCAUGCCAGCAAACAUUAUGACGAGAAAGGCGGCGAGGAGAAAAAACACGACGAGGAGGGUGGGUAUCACGAGGAGCAUCAUCAUGGCGAGGGAGGCAAGAAGAUAGCGGAAUUCGGCGAGAAGGGUGAACACAAGAAGGGUCACAGUACACAUGGCGAACAUUCGGUGCACAAGAAGGACGAAUACGAGAAGAAGACGGAAUUCUUCGAUGAGUUCCAUGAAGACGGCGGUGUGGAGAAGCACGGCGAGCACCACCAUGAGCACGAAGGGAAGAAGGGCGGUCACGAGAAGAAGGGCCACCAUGACGGUUCGGAUCACGAGGAGAAAUAUGGUAAAGAAGAGAAGCACGAGAAAGGUGGCCAUCAUCACGAGCACAAGGGUCAUAAACACGACGAAGGCCAUGACCAUCAUUACGAUCAUCAUCAGAAGCAUGGCAAGAAAGAAGGGCACGAGCACGGGAAGAAAUGGAGUUUUAAGAAAGGCGACGGUGGCGGAGAUCACGGGGGUGGCGGUCACAAGCAUAAUCGCUGAAGUGAAAGUCGUUCGCAAGGAGAACAGUGAUUUUGCAAUUAUCGCGAUCGUUACCAUGUUUCAUAUGAUGUUUGAUAUUGCGCUAUCUUCGGAGUAGAUCAAUAUUAUGCCGAUUAAUGUUGAUGUCGAUUGCGUAUUACCAAUCGAAAUGUUAUAUAUUAUUUUAGACAGCAGAUCGCUCGUUCUUUCGUUUUUAUCUAUACAGACGCGCGCUACGCGCGCGCCAUUUAUUUAAUUUUAUAGUUUUUAGAAAGGAUGUAUGGUACAAUCCUGUUGUAAUAAAUCCUUAUUACAAUUUC